CGGCGGCGGCGGCGGAGGGGAGAGAUCGGCAAGCCUCUCUCUUGAUUGACAGGGUGAAGGACCAUUGAAAAUCUUGCAGGGGAGCUCCCAGGUCUGUGUGAAGCUCCUUUUAAAAAUCCUUCCUGAUUCCUCCUCCCCCAGUAGAUGGCAGCUUUGCAGGACCCAGAGACAAUUGGGAAACCCGGAGCAGGAGGAGGCUGGAGUAAGGCGCGCGCUCCCCUUCCGCUCCCGAGUCCCUUUCUGGGCACCCCACGCUCCCGAGUGAGACCCUGACGGAGGCUCCCCCCGGGCCGACUGCAGCCGAGCCUAAGAGAGGUGAGACUUCGGCUCCCAAGGUCUUAUGUCACCAUGCAGCACUAUGGAGUGAAUGGCUAUUCUCUUCAUGCCAUGAAUUCUCUGAGUGCCAUGUAUAAUCUUCACCAGCAGGCAGCACAGCAAGCUCAGCAUGCCCCAGACUACAGGCCGUCUGUGCAUGCCCUGACGCUGGCAGAGAGACUGGCUGGCUGUACGUUUCAAGACAUCAUUUUGGAGGCCCGUUAUGGCUCCCAGCACCGCAAACAGAGGAGAAGCCGCACAGCUUUCACAGCCCAGCAGCUGGAAGCCCUGGAGAAAACUUUCCAGAAGACUCACUAUCCAGAUGUGGUGAUGAGGGAGAGGUUGGCCAUGUGUACCAAUUUGCCAGAAGCCAGAGUUCAGGUUUGGUUUAAAAACAGGCGAGCCAAGUUCCGAAAGAAGCAGCGCAGUCUGCAAAAGGAGCAGCUGCAGAAGCAGAAGGACUCUGAAGCCAACCACAGUGAGGGCAAAGCAGACACUCCCGUCCUAGAAACACAGACUCCGACUCCUGACGCAGACAAAUCCAUGAGCCUGCCCAGUGAAGUCAACGCAGAGCUCAACCUGACUCUCUCGGAGCAGUCGGCCAGCGAGUCGGCAGCUGAGGACCAGACAGACAGAGAGGAAGAAUUCAAGAUCUCGCUGGAGGAGAACAAAGCAGAAAAGAGCCCUGGAGCUGAAAACAAGGCACUGAGCAGCAAGAGAGCAAGCCCAAAAGCAGAUUCCCCCAUCAAUGCCACGGCCACGCCAUCUUCCAGUAGCAGCAUGUCUCAGACACACUCCUAUUCCUCCUCGCCCCUCAGCCUCUUCCGCCUGCAAGAGCAGUUCCGCCAGCACAUGGCCGCCACAAACAACUUGGUCCAUUACUCCUCCUUUGAAAUGGGGAGCCCUUCCACCAUGCCUUAUUUGGGCAUGAAUGUCAACAUGGCACCCCUAAGCUCCCUGCACUGCCAGUCUUAUUACCAGUCGCUCUCCCACGCCCAACAGGUGUGGUCCUCUCCUAUCCUGCAGGCUUCGUCCUCUCUUCCAAGCCUGAACAGUAAAACGACGAGUAUUGAGAACCUUCGGCUGCGAGCAAAGCAACACGCUGCCUCUCUGGGCCUGGAUACUUUACCAAACUGAGAGCCAGGCAGGGGGGUGGGAAAUGGCAAGAACCCAACCAACAGAUGACCCUAAGGAAGUGCGCCAUGCCUUUGCCACUGAAUGGGUUUGUCUUUAACACACGGCACAGCUCUUGGCUCUGUCCCACGUCAUGUUGCUCCCACCAGUCCUGGGGGAAAUGUUGACCCAAGUCUCCUAUAGCUCUGGUUUCCACGUCAGACGUUGCUACUGCCUGUUUCCAUGGCCCAUUGUAAAAAUAAUCCUAACAACCCAGAGGAAGGAAAGAUGUCUUAAAAAUGUGAACUUGUCUUCAGAACUGUGAGUCAAACUAUGUAAUAUUCAGAGAGAUGCUUUAGAUGGCGCUACGAUAAAUGUGAUUGCUUUGUUUCUUUGUGGGACUGGGGAGCUUCAUACUGUACAUAGUUUAUAUGAUAUUGAAAAUGUUCCUUCACUUGUGUGUUAACGUCAGUGUUGCCUUAUGCAGAAUUGUGAAGCACCUCCCUUCCCUUUUCUUUUACAUUUAUACUUAGAUAGUAGAUAGAAUCAACUCUAUAAUAAUAAUAAUUAUAAUAAUAAUAAUACAAAAACCAGCUGAUCCAGGUAUGGUUUAAUUGAAAGCUGUUCUGAGCCCCCAAUGCCAUGUUCUCCUCUAGUUCUUUGAAAUUGCCCCAUUUUAUUAAUAUCAGGUGAUGGUUGCAACUUUGUCCUGGUUAAAGCACUUCCAGUAGGACAGUAUCCAAUUUCUAGAUGAGUUUUUCAAAUGAAAUGAGAGACAUGAACACACUAGAAUUUUUUGGAUGAAGAGACAUUUUCUGCCUGCUGAACUGUACACACUGACUGUGCCAUUACAAGAUUUUAGUGUGCCUGCAUGUAAACAUUGAUACUAAUUUGGACAAUGGAGAGUAAUUAAAAUGUGUGAAUGUGCCAUCUUCCACUGUUUUCCUUUAUCAGUUUCACAUUGCAAAUCUUUGAUAAACAGAGUGAAGGGUUAAAGAGAGAUUUAGCAAAGUAAUUAAAAAUGAUCCCCAUGCCAAAUAAUUUCUGGCUUCAGAUGAAAAACUUGAGGAGGACUGAGAUCUUCAAAAGCAGAAAACAAAUUAAUCAAAAUGCAUUACUAAUAUCCAUGAUCUGGUUUACCUGCAGCAAAUGACCACAGUGGCAAUUCAUAUACUCCAGAGCUAAGCACUAUGAAAGGAUUUGAUGUAAAGCUCAAACCGAAAGUGAAGGGACUGAAUCCUUGCUUCCAGGCAAUGCAAGAACACAAUCCAUGGCUAAAGAAACCUGGCAAGGUCCCUCAAGCUCAACCUGUGUCAAUUACAUGGGCCAUGUGGAUACUCCUAGGGAAAACAUGGAUUGUGAGAUCCAGUCUUAUGAGUCAGUUGCCUGCAGCUGAUGCACAUGUUAACUGGAUGGAUUUAUUCCAAAACACACAUUAGGGCAAUACAUCUACUAGGCCAACCAAAAUGUGACAAAGUAGCAUGCAAAGUUAGUCUAGAUGAUAAACAAAAGGGUGGGUGGGUGCAAAACAUUGGCUGAUGUUGGAGCCCUGGGGCUGGAUUCAACCUACUGGCCCUGCCAGCAGAAGCCCAUGCAAGGACUUCUGCCCUCCCCACUGCAAGCCCCCAAAUUGGCCCCGAAGGCAUCAGGAGAACCCCUAGAGCAGCAUGCAGCGGGAGGAAAAGGCAGAUAGUUCCAUCGGGCAAGCAGAAAUGCUUAUGCUAAGGGGGCACUCUUAGUGCUAUGUUGAAUUUUUUAAUUCACACUCUUAAUGUGGAAAAAGGUAGCAGUCAUUCAUCUAAGGCUCUGCUGGGUGCUAUGGAGGUUUGGGAAGAAGAAACAUACAGUAGUUAACCCAGCAUUUUUGAAAAAUACAAAAUCCAACUGCUUAGUUACGCAGAAUAAGGUCAGGAUCUAGCUGUAGACAGGGUCAAAGUAUCUUGUUAGGGAAGGGCUGUAGCUCAGUGGUAGAGCUUUGCAUGCAUAUAGUCCCAGGCUUCAUCCAUGGCAUCUCCAGCUAAGACUGGGAAAGACCUCUGUCUGAAAUCCUGGAGAACCAAUGCCAGUCAGUGUUGACAAUCAGUAGCAGAGAGUGGUGUGGGGCACUGCCACUCACCUGCAGAUGUACCGGCAGAACCAAUCAGGCAGUGCAUUUAUACUAUACUGACUUUGCCACCACCUCUGUUGUGGUGUGGAGCAGCAAGGUGAGCAACCACAGGUCAAGUAAGUACCACCCCCACCCCACCCCACCAUCCACUAAGGCUGAUAAUACGGAACUAAAAAGACCAAUGGUCUGACUUGCACGGAGGCAGCUUCCUAUGUCCUUCAACUGAUCAACUUCCAGCCUGUUAAUUUUAGAAUUCAGCUAUCUGUUCUACAAAACCAAGAACCACAGACAGGUCCUUUCAGUAACCAUGUAUAUUUGUCUCCUGACCAUUUUUCUUUUUCUGUCAGUAUCUCUCUACACCUAAACUUAAGAGAACUAGUUAAACAGCACAUUGAUAGCUUUUAUAAACACACACACACACACACACACACACACACACC